AUGGAGGACCCAGCCGAGAUUGCCGUGCUCACGUCCGAGUACAUUUCCUCGCUGGAUAAUUUGCCGCAGGAAGUCAGCCACAUCUUGCGCGAGAUAGAGAUCAAGGAUGGCAAGGUACAAGAAUGGCUCUCGCGUAUCUCCUCCAAAGAGUCGCAAAUGCGAGAUAUGUUUGGCACAUACAUGGACAAGACGAAUGAAAACUCAGAGGCGGUACGCACGAAGCUGGACAAGAUGGCCGCACGCGUGGCCGCUGACUACACGCGCGUCGAAGAAUGGUCGGCGCAGAAACGCGAGCUAGCGCAUGUGCUGUGGCGCAAAGUGUACGCGCACCAUCAGCGCCUCGUCGAAGAUCUUCAGCUCAUCAACAGUGAUCUCGUCGCGAGCGUCUCAUCAUCCGUCCCCAAACUACCACAGCUGACGGACCCUGCCCAGCUGCCUGCCCAGCUACUGCAGGCUGGCAUUGGCGAGGCUGAAACAGAGGGCCAUGAGGGCCGCGUGCGCAAGAAACGCGGAUUAGCGACGACAGGCCGCGGUCGCAGCGUGCAUUCGCCGCCGACAGCGGUGGAGACAGAGAGCCGCGGUGUGUCGGAAGCUGCGGCUCUUGACGGCGAGGAGGAACGCGAUGAGAACUUGUACUGUUUCUGCCAGCGCCCAUCCUUUGGCGAGAUGAUCGGCUGCGACUCGGAUGACUGUAAGUUCGAGUGGUUCCACAUUGGGUGUGUCGGCGUAUCCAAGCCGCUCCCCCAAAUGUGGGUUUGCAGCGACUGCCUCGCGAAAAAGAAACGGCGACGUACAUAG